AUGGUCUUCACCGCGCCGGCAUGGGUGCCCCAGCUCGACUCCCCGCCCGACUCGAUCCCAAUCUGCGACUUCAUGCUUGAGGAGCAUUAUGGCCGCCAUCCUCUGGGCUACGCGAACAACCCCUUCACCUGCGGACUCACAGGCAAGACGUACUCGAGCCUCGAGGUGCGCGAGCGCGUCGACUACCUGGCCCGUGGGUUAGCCAAGGAGCUGGGUUUCCACCCGAACAAGGGCUCUGAAUGGGACAAGGUCAUUGGCGUCUUCGCCGUCAACACGCUCGAUACGCUGCCGCUGGCAUGGGCCACGCACCGUCUUGGUGGUGUCCAGAGCCCAGCGAAUGCGGCCUACAGCGCUGCAGAGCUGGAGUAUCAGCUAAAGAACUCUAGCGCCAAGGCACUCUUCACCUGUAUUCCGCUGCUGGAGACGGCAAAAGAGGCUGCCAAGAAGAGCGGUAUCCCGGAUAACCGCAUCUACAUCCUCGAACUGCCGGCGGUCUUCACAGGCGGCAAGCGUGUGCCAAACGGCAUGAAGACGGUUGAUGACCUCAUCCGCGAAGGCAAAGAGCUGGACAGGCUGGAUAGACUGGACUGGAAAGAUGGGGAUGGUGCGAAAAAGGCUGCCUUCCUGUGCUACUCCAGUGGCACAUCUGGGCUCCCGAAAGGCGUCAUGAUCUCGCACAGGAACGUGAUUGCCAAUACUCUGCAAAUGAAGACCUUCGAGAAGCCCUACAGAGAUACCAUCAUCAACGAUGUGCGAAACCAGUCCGACUACACAGAGAACUGUCUCGGCCUGCUGCCCAUGUCACACAUCUACGGCCUCGUUGUCAUCUGCCAUGUCAACGUCUACCGCGGCGACGGUGUCAUUGUGCUGCCAAAAUUUGACUUCCCCAGCACCUUGCAGGCGAUUCAAGACUACAAGAUCAACACGCUCUUCCUGGUCCCGCCGAUCAUCAUCUUGAUGACCAAGAACAAGCAGCUGCUCUCGAAAUACGAUCUCAGCUCCGUCUGGUCUCUCUUCACCGGCGCCGCUCCGCUAGGCAAAGAGACAGCAGAAGACCUGCAAACCAUCUUCCCGUCAUGGAAGAUCCGGCAGGGAUACGGACUCACGGAGACAUGCACCGUCGUGACAUCCACAUCGCCCGAUGACGUCUUGUUCGGCUCCUCGGGCUCCAUCCUGCCCGGUAUCGAGUGCAAGAUUGUCACCACUGAGGGCACCGAGAUCACUGGCUACGAUCAACCUGGCGAGCUGCUGGUCAAGUCUCCGGCGGUGGUGCUAGGGUACCUCAAGAACGACAAGGCAAAUAAAGAAACGUUCCAGGACGGCUAUAUGCGCACUGGCGACGAGGCGGUUGUGCGGAAAGGGCCAAACGGGCAUGAGCACGUCUUCAUUGUGGAUCGCAUCAAGGAGCUCAUCAAAGUCAAGGGCCACCAAGUUGCUCCCGCUGAGCUCGAAGCCCAUCUUCUGACGCACCCAGCCGUCAACGACUGCGCUGUAAUCCAAGUGCCCGAUGACGAAGCAGGCGAGGUGCCCAAGGCGUUUGUUGUCAAGUCGCCGUCUGUCGGUCUGGAGGAAAGCGAUCGCAUGAUUGCGCGCGACAUACAGAAGCAUGUGGAAAAGACCAAGGCGAGGUACAAGUGGAUCAAGGGCGGUGUCGAAUUCAUAGACGCGGUGAGUGCUGGAAGUGCUAUCUUGUGGAGCUGAGCUAACGCGUGCAGAUACCCAAGUCGCCGUCUGGCAAGAUCCUUAGGCGGUUCUUGAGGGACAAGGAGAAGGAGAAGAGGAGACAGGCGGGCAGCAAGUUGUAG